CAAAUGUGUAGCAGUAUGUUCAUACACCAUAAGGAGGUCGCAACUAGUGAAGAAACUUCACUCUCUUGGGUGAUAAGCCAAGGAAUAAUAAAUUAAGCUAGCGAGCUAGCUCUCUUCGACGAUCAACCAAUGGUUGCUAAGGCUACUCCCUCAGAACUUAAUCCGGAUGACAAAAUAACAACCAAAUCAAAGUGCUAUCGAAGCUUGAGACUUGCCCUAAAUUUCCCUAGGUGGGUGACUCAAAUGGCCAAGAAAUCCAGCUUCUCAAAGCCUCUAACAUAGGGGGUUUCUCUCCACCUAGGUCAAGUUGGCAGCACAACUCAAGAAUUAUGAAAAUACCUCAAACUUUGCAUUAAAAACAAACCCACACACAUAACAUUCAAUCCAUACAAUUUAUGACCUAUUUAAAACUAUGGUUUACAUUACCCAAGUGAAAAAGAGUAAUACUCCAUAGCUAAACUAGGGAUUUCAACGUUGAAAUCCCUAGUUUAGCUAUGGAGUAUUACUCUUUUUCACUUGGGUAAUGUAAACCAUAGUUUUAAAUAGGUCAUAAAUUGUAUGGAUUGAAUGUUAUGUGUGUGGGUUUGUUUUCCUUCUUUGUUGUAGAAAUCACCCUUGGAAGAUGAAAAUCUCCAAUCCUCAAGCUUGAAGCAAACGCUAGAUCUCUUUUUCUCUCUUGGUUCGUCAGUUCCUCUCUCUAAAAUCAGAAGAAAAAGAAGACAAUCUCUCACUAGGCUCUCUCCUUCAAGUUUCAGCUCCAUCCUCCUUUUAUACCGAGGUCACACACACAUCACUGUCGGAUAUCACGUGCAUGAACUGAAAACUCGGACCGUAAUCACGAACACAAGCGCAUAGUUUCAUCUACGGUCUUCACGUUCUGGGUUGGAUUAUCACGGUCUGGUGACUGUGAUAUCUUUUAGGACCGCGAGGCAUAAAAACUCCUCUGGUUUCCACGAACAUUACGAUAUGGUUUUCAUCUUCACAGUCGGGUGACCGUGAUAAUGUUGCUCGAACCGUGAUCUUCCCCUUUUUGCUCCUUUCAAUCCGCUUUCGCCCUCUAUCGUUCAACUUUCACUCCCAAGGUCAAUCUCACCUGCUAGAACCUAAAACAUGCUGGAAACAUGCACAACCUAGCGUAAAAUCAAACCUUAAGCGAUGGGAAUGCCUCAAACACCACAAGAACAUGGGGUGAAAACAUGUGCAAUUAGACCCGAAUCACUCCCCCGCACUUGGAUGUUUGCUUGUCCCCAAGCAAACCAAUCUAAAAAAAGGUAAUAUCCCAACCUAAAACAAUGACUUGGGGACAUAUCAAAGGGCACAAAGCGGAUGAAUCUCAAUGGUUAUUGUGAACCAACACAUGGAAAAUCAAAAGCAAUACUAGCAACCACCACAAAUGACAUUUGAAUGCAUUAAGAAUGAGCAAACGAAAAGUUCUCACCCUGUUCACAAACCGACACAUUACUUGACAAAACUACUCACAAACCACAAUUAUCCAUGCAUAGAGAUCAAGUCCUAAGAAUAAACGAAUGAGCGAGUUAGGUCCUCUCUGGGAUGCAUAAUAUGAACAUGAAAAUGUGAAAGAGUCACUCAUUCUCGACCAGUGGGGUCAAGACCAUUUGAUGCAAGAGAUGUGCAUAAUCAUCACUCAACCCUAUCGUCUCUUCACUAUGACAAUAACCUCUAAAUGUUAGAGCUGACAAGAUGGUUGUCGUCACUAACUUGUUUGGAGGUAUUAGACAUGAGUUCAGAUGACUAGCUAUUGUCUUGGACAUGGGGAAAAUGCUUUUUGGGUGGUGAUAAACAUAACAUGAGGUUCCACAUUUUCAAUCUAAAACCAAUACAAGGUUCUAUGGUUUCGAUUAGAACCUUUUCCUACAACUACAAGCAAUGGCCACCAGCAUCGGCCAAAAACCACACUUCUUCAAUUCCAAACAACAAACCAAUCAUGAACAACAUAUAAGCCCACUUUCUCGGCUACUUCUGCUAUCCAAAUUUUCAAGCAUAGUAGUGAAGGAGGUCAACAAGCAAGUAGGUGUUUCGAUAUCUUGAAUGGCAAGAAACACCUUUCUAGAGCAUACACAUCAACUUGGUGGCAAAUCUCUACCUUUUAUUAGCUCUUUUCACUUCUUUUCUUCUUCUUUUUUUUUUGGGGGGGGGGGGGGGGUAUUAGAGAGCUAAACACAUGCCACCUUUUAAAAUUUUGAACAAUGCUCACCAGUAAGAACUUCCUCCAACAAUACCUUUUCAUUCUUAGCAGGAACCAUGUAAAACUCACCUAUGUGAAACCUCAAUGGAGCUCAAGUAACGGGAGCUCCGAGACACAAGGAUGACUUACAACGGUUUAGACAACAAGAAAGCAAAUGGCCGGUCUAUCAACCUCAAUUAAGCUCAAGUAGCAAAAGCUGCUAAAAUAAGAACGACCUUAAGUCACACGGCUCAAAAGGGUUGACUAUAGGAUAUAAAGAUGAAGACAAUCAACUUUUUGGGGCGUGGACUAAUUCUAUGCCUCCAUCUUCCUCGCUAAUGACAACGUGAAUGCUACACAUCAUGGUAAUAGGGAUCUAUCACACAUGAAAAAGAUGAUCGACACAAAUCUUGCAUGGCUACCUAGUCGCUCAAACAUUCAUUCCAAUUUCAAAAAAUUUGAUGCAUGGCAAUUGCAAUCAAUGAGUACUCAAGUCAAGGCAUCCAUCCAUUUGCACACAUAUGAGAACUAAACACUUGCAUCAACCUAAUGCGAUUCCAAUCAUCAUAAUAGGGUGCAUUCAAACGCAAGUAAACAAUCCAAAGUCAUUGCUAAUAAACACAAGAUUCUCCAACAAUCGGCGAAGUCCCUGGUUGAGAGUCCUGAUGAACUCAUCCUCGCAACCAGCCUCUGGUACCAGUACUGUAAGAAAUUCGCUUAUUCUAGAUUAUUAGGAUUGACGUAAUCGAAUAGAUAGGAAGGGAUUUAGGGAUUUGGGAGAAAGAAUUAAGGAUUUAGAUAGGUAGAACAUUAUUGGAGAUUAGAGAUUAGAAGAGAUUAGGAUAAGAAGAAAAUAUAGUGAGUUUAGAGAUUUCAAUAUUAUUCUCUCUGUCUACUUCUGACUUAAAUUCCAAAUUACAUAUACAUAGGAAAAUGCUGGAAAAUCUAAUAAUAAAACUAAUGGAAUCCUACUCCUAAUCUGCCGCCACUCUCCACAACUACUCCUAUUUCUAAUAACAAUAAUAGAAUAGUGAGAAAAGUGGGGUUCUAACAUGGUGUCAUUUGGGUAUCAUGGAGUUUUGCUUCUCGAGGAUACAUGGUAGUGUAUGGACUCUAAAGUAGGGGUGUUCAAAUGGUUACCAUGGUUAUAACCAAACCAAAUAAGGCUAAAUUCCAUUAACCAUGGAAUAUAAUAUCAUAACCAAACCGUCCAAACUAAUACAACAACCAAAUUAACCAAACUAAAGUUUAAUCGGUUUGGUUAAUUGGUUAACUAGAUUAACCAAUAUAAAAUCACAUUAUCAUUGAUGAUGAAAAUUUUCCGAUUAAUGCAACAAUUCCCAAUUUAUAUAAUGAAUAAAACAUAACAAUCAACACGUAGUUAUAGUUGACCCUUAACAAAAAUACAUGCAACUAAGACAAUUAUCUUACGAAUAGUAUAAAAGUAUUCACCUAACAAAAAUUUAUGACAAUGGUAUGGGUUAAUGAAUUGUUGUGUUUGUGUAAAUUGACUUAGUCUCUUAGCAAUUAUCAUAGGCUGGAAAUGACCUUCCUUUCAAGUUUUCAUCCAUCAUAAUGUAUGAAAUUUAUCUAAAUUAGGCAUCCAUAUGUUGUGAUCUACACUUUAUAUAUACAAAUGUACACUAUAUGAGCAAUAUUGAGCUUUAUAUUUUAUAUGAGUCUAAAAGGGAUGAACGUUAACUCUUGAGUUGUUAUGCAAAGUAUUAAGUAUGUGUAUAUAAUAUAUGCUAGAUAUAUGACUAAUUAAUUAACUGGUUAAUUUGGUUUGACUGGUUACGAGUGUCUGAACCAAACCAAACCACCUAAACCAAACAAGCUAAAAACUUUAACCAAACCAAACCAAUUAUUCACAUUAACCAAACCAAAUUAUCCAAAUAGUACCGGUUAAAACAGUUACCACGAUAACCAAACCGUUUGAACACCCCUACUCUAAAGGUGAGUUCUUGAAGUUUCAUGGGAAAUUAAGAAGGUUUUGAAGCGUGGUCCACUAUUUCACACACAUACGAAGGUUUUGAAGCGUGGUCCACUAUUUCACACACAUACGAGCAUACACUAGAAUGCUGUCCACUGUGAUGAAAAUUUGAUGGUGAAGUAUUUCGUGGUGAAAGUCUGGGGUAAAUUCUCAAAAUAUAGUCUUUUUUAUUUAUUUACUACGAAUAUAGUGGCUUAAAAACUAUUUACAGGAAUAUUGUGUUUUGAAGGGGGGAAGGCAGUGACGGCGCUCGAGACUCAGAAAAUUGGGUUUUGAAGGGAGAAAGCAGCGACGGCGCCCGAGUCUAAGGCGUUGGCGCUAUUUGAAAUUUUUAGACUCAGGCGUCGUCGCUAUAAACUUUUUCUUUCUUAUCCCCUUCUUCGCCACUCCCUCUCGCUAGAACCACACACACUGGCCCUCUCCCCUCCUCCCUCACCUCCCAGACAGCAAUGACACCAAAAGUGAGAGCGGCGACGUCGAGAAGAAGAAGGCGCCGCCUCAGUCUCAGGCGGCCGCGCUCACUCCCCGACGAAUGCGCCUAAACAAGAGCGUCGUCGCAGCAGAUCUGCUUCUCGCCGCCAUGUCCGACGACGAGCAGCAGGCGCCUGACAGAGGAAGGGGCCAAGGGCGGCGGCGGAAUUUUUUUUUAUGUUCUAAUUUUUUUUCCAGUUCCUAGGCUUAUCGAUCCUUGUUCGAUGAGACCAUCACCUGCGACAAUCGAUACAGCUCCGGUGGAUCCGGAACUUCUUUGGGGGCAUGGUCACCAUCGUAUUGACGCAGUUUGAGCAGAUGAGGUAAGUUUUCAAACUAUUUCUAUAGUUUUUUAUUAGCUGAAUAAUAUAAUAGAAUAGAAUUUAAAUUAAAUUACGAAUAGAAUUAAAUUAAAUUACGAAUAGAAUUAGAUUAAAUUACGAGUAUAUUAGAAUAAGUUUAGUUUAGACAUAUAAAUAUAAAUAUUAGGUGAAUUGAAGGAAUUGAAUUAAUAUAAGUUUUGUGCAUUAAUUAUAGGCUGGUGAUCGAUCUUACCACAUUCGUCAUACGAGCAAUUUAGUGUGAUACCAUCCACUUUACCUGUCGUAUCUCGCCGAUGCUGGCUUGUCUAGUAUUCUGCCACUAGCCCCUCUUACCGGUGAUCCGGGUUUGAUUACUGCGCUCGUAGAGCGUUGGCGACCCGAGACAUCGACCUUCCACAUGCCGUUCGGUGAGGUGACGAUCACCCUAGAGGACGUUGCGACACUGACCGGUCUAGCGAUCGACGAUGAUGUCGUCGUAGUAGACAUACCAGACGAGGACUGGUCGGCUAUGUGUCUUCGACUGUUAGGACGGGCUCCUACUGAUCUUGGUGGCGGCGUCAUCCGGAUUGCUUGGCUUAGGGAGACUUUCGAUGAGCUACCGCUUUCUGCAUCACCCCAGACGAUAGAGCAGUUUGCAAGAGCGUAUGCGCUGUCUCUGAUGGGAGGUGUCUUGUUCUCCGAUCGGUUUGGAGGUUUAGUUCACCUGCAGUACCUACUUUUGGUGGAGGAUUGGUGCAGAGCGGGGAGGUUUGCUUGGGGAGCAGCUGUGCUAUCCUACUUGUACCGUGAGAUGGGUAGAUCGGCGCUGUAGAUGACGACAUCUUCUUCACUGGGUGGUGACUUUGGUGGAUGGUCCGCCUUGCUGAUGAUCUGGACGUGGGAGCGGUUUCCUCAUACAUCACCACUACAUGCGAAGACGGGUGCGCAGAUUACUCAGGACGCAGUGCCACGUGGCCUUCGAUGGCUUCUGGCCCACACCCGUCAGCAUGGAGAUCAGUUCUACCUGUACAAGCUGUGGUUUGACGAGUGCACGACAUUCGUGGUUAGUAUAUAACAUUUCGUUUUAUAGAAUAGUUUUAAUUGAUUUGUUAUAGAUUUAGGAGUAAUUAUGUGACCAAUCCUUGUGUCCAGUGGCGUCCGUACUUUCAUAGAGGUCAGAACUACAGCGGUACUGUGAUCCACUGCGACACGUUUUGAGCAGUAGUUCCGCUGAUCUGCUUCUCAUCGCAGAUGUGGCAUCAUCCAGAUCGCGUGCUCGGACAGUUUGGGAUGAUUCAGGACCGGCCUCAUCCUCCACAUUCCGCGGCUGAGAUUAGGUUUUUUUUCCGUCAGGGACAGCAUGGGCCAUCACGUGGCCAGCAGUUCAUACAGGCAGCCAGCGAGUCGAUUGAGUUGUGUAACCGUCGACAUGAGUUCUCCAAGCGUUUUUUUCCGGCUAACAAAAAUAAACAACCACACGGGUAUGUUGCACAAGAGAAGCUAUAGGAAGUGCACGAAUACCUUUGAAAACACCAUUGAUGCUUUCUGCCAUGUUGGAUGUCAGGAUAGACCAACGACGCCCACCAUUGUAGGUAUCAUGUGCUAAACUCCAACGAAUUCGAUGUUGGUCGACCCAGUUAUCAUAUGAAAUAUUUCUAUGAGUGGCCACCUUCUUAAAUUGCUCAACUUGACGAUCGAACUUCUCCAAGCGUUUUUCUCCAGCUAACAAAAUAAACAACCAUACGGGUUAGAUAAAUUCAUGACAAAAUUACAUGAAAAUAAAUAACAAAAUUAAAU